UCUGUGCAAGGUUUUGAUAUUAGGUUGAAAAAUUGGAGCGCGGGUUCUUAUAAGAAUGGAAAACGAUUUAGAGGAUGCUAAGUUAAGUUCUAAGUUUUUAAAGACAUUAAAAGCAAAAGGAAAAUCUUUUAAUGGAUUCGAUAUCGGUAUCAAAGCAUUACAACAUAGAGCUGUAACCGAAGGAUUACCAGAUGAAGAAAUUGAUCAACUGAUAUAUAUUAUCACGCACAUUAACUUUGGUGCAGUAAAAAACAUUUUAUUAAUCAAAUGUCUAGUACCAAUAUAUAAAAUAUCGAAUAAUUCACUGAAGCUUAUGAUAACAUGGCUUUUAUCGUCAUUGAAGGACUUACAAAUCACAGUAGCAAUGAUAACUAUACAAUGGAUCAUAGGUUUGUGGGAAUAUUGUCUUGCGGAUAAAAAAAUCAUUAGCAUGUUCUACGAAGUAUUUUUCUAUUGGUUGAUGAAGAAAGAAAAAUUGGAGAAGCAUUUAGCACAAGUUAUAUACACGAUAACAAAACCAGAAGAUGUAACACGUAGAAAUAUUUGCAGAAUAUUAUCUAUACAUAAGAAACGGGUAGUUCGAAAAAAAUAUACUAAUGCUCUACUUUCCUUGUUUAAAACUUAUAAGCCUGAAUUAGUGCCAGAAAAGAUUGAAACAAUGAAUAUAGAAAGUAUUUGGAAACCAAUACCAGAAGUAUUACGAGUAGCAUUAAAAGACGCUAAAAAUCGUUUAGAAAUACAACAAAGCAUCGAUAAAAUACAAGAACAUUAUAUGUGGAAUAUUUCCAAAGUUUCUAAGAAGAAAAAAAAGUUACUUUUACCGUCUGUUGGAUAUUUUCAUAUUGGUUCAAGUAUCUUUAAAGAUAAAGAUGCUAAAUCUAUUUUUGACAUAUAUACCAUUUAUGACUUAGGACGACAUCACUUCAGUAUUGAACUACCUUGUAACGCAAUAUCUUUGUUAGUUAAUACAGCUGGUUAUCAUCUUCUCACAUAUGCUGAUUUUAACUUUCAAAUUAGAUUUUCCUACAAUCUUUAUAAUACACUUAGAAGAGCAUUUAUAUUAGAAAGAGGUAACUUUUCUGAAACAGAAAUGGAAACAUUACUUGAUAUGACUGUUCAAUUUUGUAAAUACAUGCAACAAGGUAUACUUGUUGUUAAUCUUUUUAUCGAAGAAUAUUUGUAUUUAAAUAGUAGAGAACAUUUUAGUAAAAUAUUAGAAAUUUUACAAUGGAUGACAAUCAUAUCUAUAACUGAAGAACAACAAGCAAUAUUAUCAUAUAUAGAAAAUAUGUUUUAUGAAUCAUCAAUUACCGACAAAUGCAAAAUUAUCGAAACCUUAAGGAUUCUUAUCACUAAUAUUUUCGUUAAUGAAGGAUUCAACGAAUGUAGUCAAAAAGUACCAGCACCGUUUUUAAGACAAAAACCAAUGAGUAAAAUAACUGAUACCAUACCUAUUCUUAUCAAUUUUUCAAAAAAUCUUAUAGUAUCUGGUUUAAAUGCACACUCAUACGAUAUUUUACUUCUAUCCGAAAGUCUUAGAUUUUACGAAGUGAUUUUUGAAUUAGAAUCUCGUAGUAAUAACAUAUCAUUAUGGGCUGUAACUCCUGUUGCUGUAACUUAUGGAGCAUUUGUAUCUAGCAAUUGUGCAAUCGUCAGCAGAAUUUGUUCCUUGAUAUUAAAAUAUUUGAAGAGGUGUGAAGCAUUAAGAGAACAAAAUACAAAAUCAUUUUAUAAAAAUAUUGAGACGAUAUCUGCUUAUGUUACAGAUAUAGCAGGAGCUUUAUGGUAUGAUAAGGCUUUUAACAGCGAAGAUCAUUAUCUUUGUAAUAGACCCACUAUAGAUGAUUUUGGAAAAUUCGAUUUCCAUACUCAAUUAAAUAUUAGUAAUCAUUAUGCCAUCCUUCCUUAUAAAUAUAUCAUCCCCAAAGAGCUUCUUAAUAGCUUCGAAAUAAUAACUAAAGAGGAUGCUAUUAAUCUUGCAGGAGAGUACUAUCCUGCGAUAAAAAAAUUUUUAACAAAGGUAAUAUCAGAUUUACAAGAAUAAAACUAAAUAAUUUAAUAUAGUUUAUAAAA